AUGUAAAAACUUAUAAUAUACCUAGUAUUAAUAACCUUUGUUUUCGGUCUAAAAGUCCUUAAACACGAAUGUGGCCAUGAUAAAAUGAAAGAAAUCUCAAAAUACGAAUCCAUUCCUCCAGAUCCUAUUGAAGAAUUUUCAGAUAUUCGUAAUUUAUAAACGAAAAAACCUCGUAAUAUGGUAAUUACCUAUAAUAUGGAUUUUUUCAAAGCUUUAGCUGAUUCUGUUAUGGUACAUUAGUAAAAAAAAUUGUGGAAUAGUUCAAGUUCCUGA